AUGCUGUCGAAGUAUUUAGAAGAAAACAUUCCUGUUGAAAGAUUUGUGGUAUUCAUGCCUAACCAAGGCCACAAAGCAAAGGAUAUGUUUAAAGGCUUAGACACAUUUUUAAAAGAAAAUAACUUGGACAUAAAGAACUGUCGUGGUCAGUCAUACGACAAUGCUUCUUCAAUGAGUGGAAAGUAUAAUGGCCUUCAAGCGUAUAAAGUUCUUACAAAUUGUUUAAAAAGAGCAGAAACUGAAAACCCAAUUCUUAUACCAAAAAGGACAAAAACAACACGUUGGUCAUGCAGAUCAUAUGCUACAAAAGCCCUCUUACGUGGUUAUAAAAAAAUAAAAAAUGCACUUUUAGAAAUUUCUGAGAAUAAAGAAGAAUUAGGAAAAUCGCGUAUUGUUGCUUUAAGUUUAUAUAACAAAAUGUUAAAGAUACAGACAGGCCUUUAUGCGAAUCUUAGAUUAGAUGUGAACACAGCUGUUUUAACAUUGAAAUCGCCAAGAAGCUUUAUAGGAACAACACGAGAUAGCUUUGAAGGAUAUUUUGUGAAAGUUGCAGAGUUGGAUGAUUUUGUUGAGUACGACAGUGAAACACAGCGUAAACGUAAAAUAAAUGUGCGUUUGUCCCCUCUUGAAAGUGUCCAACCACCAGAAAUUGAGGUGAACUCUUCAAACAAAUUUCAAAUUCAGAAUUUUCUCCCUGAUCAACUUGAAUCUUCAUUGCAGCAAAGGCUUGAGCCAUAUGAACUAGUUGAUAACCGUUUUGGGUUUCUUUAUAACUUUAAGAAUGUACCUGUCACUAUGGUCUCCAACAGCAGCGGAGAAAGAUCUUUUUCAAAAUUAAAGUUGAUCAAAAACCGUCUCCGAACAUCUAUGACAGAAGAAAAGCUCAACACGUUAGCUCUACUUAGCAUUGAGAGUGACACUUUAAGACAAAUCAAUUAUGAAGAUAUUAUAAGUGAUUUCAUUAAUACAAAGUUAAGACGUAAACUAAUUAAAAUUUAA